AUGUUCCACACGGGUCAGGUCAUCGCCGCCGUUUGUUCCAUACAUGAUUGUGCUGUAUUGUAUGUCAGUUGCUUUCCAAGGUGCGAAAGAUCUUCUUGCUUGUCAAUGCUAUUAAGAGGUCUGUAGUGAGCAAGCUCGUACAUUUGAAGAAGAACUUGUAGCUCUUCAAGCAACUCACAACUCACUCGAAAUCCUCGUACCCGAAAAAAGAUACAUCAAACACCAUGGCCGGGCAAGAUAACCAAAACGCCUUCGCUGACAUUGACUUCGAAGAGAUCACCGAGGCCACCGCGUUGGAGGCUGAUGAGAUCAAAGUCCUGAAGCUGUGCUUCAACCUCUUUGAUGUGAAAAAGCAGAACUUCCUCAGCUCCGACGAUCUGGACGACAUUCUUCGAGCCAUGGGCUUCCGACCCUCCAAAGAGGAGCUCCAAGAGAUCCUGGAGGAGAUCGACGAGGACGGAUCCGGCGAAAUCGAGUUCGGAGAGUUCUGUCAGCUCUGUGCCAAAUUCUUGGUCGAAGAACCCGACGAGGAGACCAUGAAGGCCGAGCUGAAGGAGGCCUUCCGAGUAUACGAUCGUGAUGGUGCGGGUUUCAUUACCACUGGCCAGCUCCGAGAAAUCAUCGCAGAAUUGGACCCUCGCCUCACCUCAGACGACCUCGAUGGCAUCAUUGAAGAAAUCGACGAGGAUGGCUCGGGAACCAUGGACUUUGACGAGUUUUGUCAAAUGAUGAUGAGCAAGUAAACCGAAAAAAGACAACUCCCUCAUCCUUUCUUCGUUCUUCACUUUCUCUCUCACGCUUUUGUUUUCUGCCAAGCUUGAACCAGGCUUUCAUGAUCAAAUCUCGUGGUUUUUCUAUUCUCUCUCUUCCCCCCUGUCCUCUCUCCUCCUCACUCUUUCUCCUCGACGAUUUUUUCCACGUCUGUCUCCACCUCUCGAUCUCCAACUUCUUAUCACCUUCACAAGGUUCCAUCCCAAAAGCAUGCCCUUGAACUUGGGACAAGCCGCCACGGCCUCACUCAUUCCUUGAAAUACCUUCGCUCGCUGUGUGAGGCAGUGAACCGAAAAGCAUGCUUGGCUGAUCCUGAACCAACCAAGAAUGUCUUGAAACAUAAUCAUUCAAAAAUGCUCAAGUUUGUCCAAAAUUAUGCGCACUCACCCACCCGCAUGCACAGCGACCGUUUCUUCGCAAUUUUGUGUGAAUGAGCGGCAUCGGAAUUUGUGGACCACGAAUCCUUUUGUUGUUGUUGUUGCCGCCAUUCGCUCGCUGCUCUCGGAACAAUUCAUUCGCCUUCAUUAGAAGGUGUGAGAAGACAUGUAUGCCAUGAAAGCUGAAUAGCAAUAUCAUCCAUGAAUGUUGACCUGUUACCUACUCGAUCUGUCCAUGAUGCCGCCCGGAAUUUAUAAUUGCCAAUCUUUGCCCGUUCAUCGCCUCAUGCCCCCUCCCCCGGAUACUCCCCCGUACACACCACCACCCACAUCCCAAUGACUUUUGACAGAAAAAGAAAUAAUGACACAGAGGUUUAACUCAUUUUCGCAGAUUAUUUUACAAUUGUGGUAAGAUGUGAGAGAAACAAAUAUACUCGUCCGAACCAGA